GGAUAGUUCAGUCCUGGUCCAAAGGAGCUGCCUCUCAGCACCACCAUGAAGUCGGGUGGCCUCUUGCUCCUUGUGGGGUCCUUGGUCCUCUGGACUGCCCUGCUGGCUGCACCGCACGGAGAGACACCACGAAGGGCCUCUCUUGCCCCUCGCUGCGCCCAGACGGAAGCCACACCCGAGUGCAAAGAAGGCUCCGGGAGGAAAGCCGAGGUGAUGAAGGAUGAGGAGCUGGCCCAGAAUAAUCCUGUGUCUGAGGAGCUGCAAGGCGCUGCCCUUAUGGAACCCGUCUCUCAUGAAAAGUCAGCGAGUGGGGAAGCCACCGGGAAGCCACGGUCCAAAGCGGGACGUGUCACCAAUGAUGGGCCGGCUGCCUCUGGGGGGCAGCCAGGAAACGGCGAAGCGGCAAGGGCUGCUGUUGAACUGAGCAGACUCCCCAGUGGGGAAAGGCUAGCAAAGCUUGCAAGGCCUCCUCCCCUCGAGGAACUGGACGACCGUGAUGAUGAUGAUGAUGACGACAGGGAUGACGAUGAUGAGGACAAAGCUGAUGAUGACGACGAUGACGAUGAGCUGGAUGAAGAGGAUUUUGGCCCUUCAAAGUUCCUGCCAACUGAGUUUUGA